AGAAUGGAAGGUAUUAGCGAUCAGAAUGAGCUGUUAUCCCAAGUCAAUCAGUUUUGGAAUAUGUUGGAUGACAUGGCUGAAAACAGUCCUGAGAGUUACCAGAGGUUUAUACAGAAGCACGUGAAAGGAGGGAAGGAGAUCAUGGCCCCUCCACAGCCGCACAUGUGUCUCCAAACCAAAAUAUUGGAUCCAGAGGAGAAGGUGUUAUUCAUUAACAUUUGUAGCUGGAGCAGGGUGCCAGCUCCUCAAUCUGAAGCCCACCCUAUGCCAUUAAGUGGAGGCAGGCUUGAAAUCCUCUCUGAAGGAGCAGUUACCGAUAUUGCAUAUAAUCCCGAGGUGCUGAAGAGAGCCGAUCAGGACCCGGUAGAAUCAGACCAGCUGAUCCGUCUUGCUAUGAAGUAUAUUGAAGAGCAACACAAGGUUACUCUCUGCCACUCCUACCACCUUGCUCCAUUUAAACUCAAGGGCAACGUGCAAAGGAUGAAAGAUUGUUUGCAAGGGAUACGGAAACAACCAGACAUGAUGAAAAAGGAUGUAAAGAAAGCAGGGAAAGAAUCCUUAUUGGAACAGAUAAAAAACCUAACUGCUAAAGGAGCAGAGGAGGAACAUAGCCCUUCCAUAUGUUUAACUGCAGAAAAGACUCCAAAAAACACAAGAUCCAGUCUGAUAGAGGAGAUCUCCAGUACCGAGUUAAAGGAGGAAGAUUUACUUAUGUCUCCCAAGUUUGAUCUUUCGGAUCUUAAGGAUGAAUCAGGACGGACCACACAGCUUCUUCUGAAAGUGGAACUCCCAAGAGUCCGUUCAGUAGCAGAGUGUGAACUGAGUGUAUCCGAGGAUGAUUUAAUGCUUACAGUACCCGGCAAGUAUAAGCUUCACCUUAAUCUACAUGUUCCAGUUAAUGAAGACACGGUGACAGCGCAAUACAACAAAGCAAAUUGUAGUUUGACCGUUAAAAUGUCAGCAUUGUAACAUCUGGAGACAUUCACUAGGACAGCGACUCCAAAUUACGGUGUC